AUGAAAUCUCUAAAGGACCAACUUGGCUUAACCCAAGUGUUCGGCCCUUCCAGUUCCCUCGAAACAAUAAGCGGACCACAAGUGAGAAAACCAAUUCAUAGACUUGGCAAAAACAGGUGGUCCAAGGCACGCACUAGCUUGAGGAGUCUCGUAGAUGAGUAUUGCACUCAAAGUACCAUCCACGGAAUAGGCUAUAUCGGGUCCCGGCGAAGGUCCAUACUGGAGCGGAUCUGGUGGUUUGGUGUUUUUGUGCUCUCGGUUUAUGGUUGUGCAACACUGAUCCAUAAAGUUUAUCAAAAAUGGACCAAUAAUCCGGUGAUUGUUACGUUCGAUGAGCGACCGCUUCCGGUUUGGAUGGUCCCCUUUCCGGCCGUGACUAUUUGUCCGGAGGCGAAGAUUCGGGCAAAUGAUAUGAACUUCACCGAGGAUUUCUAUCGGUUUAUUAAUUACAGAGGAAGCAGGAAGGAUCUGGAUGAUGAAAGGGUCGAUCGUCUGUUGGCUGUUCUACAAAUCUGUGAUGAGUUUUUCCAUGCCAGAAGCUUGAAGUUUCCCGAACUUUAUGCACGAACUGAAACCGAUUUCGACAUUGUUCAAAUAAUGCGAAAUAUUUCCGUUCCUUUGAUUGACAUAAUUCUAUUUUGUAAGGUGAAUGGUGUCCGGUGUAAUGAAGUUUUCUCUGAAACCCUGACCGACGAAGGUAUUUGCUUCACUUUCAAUGGGUUCUCUACUUAUGACAUGUUCCGAGAUGGAGUUCUUCAUGACGAGUACAACUACCUGAAUGAACCAAAGAAUCUCACAGGUUGGAGCCUGGAAAGUGGAUAUGUCCCUAGGAAAAAACUUGAAUCACAUCCAAUCCGUGUGCUAGGAUCGGGAUUUGGAGCAGGGUUGACUAUAGAACUGUUGGCACUGGAGGACGACAUUGAGCAGCAUUGUAGAGUGCAGCAAGGGUUCAAAGUGAUCAUUCAUCCAUCUACCGAAUACCCUCAGGUUACGAAAAGUUUUGCCCUGGUGACGUAUUCUCGCGAUGUAACGAUUGCCGUGCGCCCGGUCAUCAUGAGCACUUCAUCGGAGUUACUCAGCUAUCAUCCAACGCGCCGUCAUUGCUACUUCAACCAUGAAAGGCAGUUGAAGUUCUUCCGAGUCUACACGCAGAGCAACUGUGAACUCGAGUGCGUUACCAACUACACGCUGAAGAUGUGUGGCUGUGUCAAAUUUUCGAUGCCCCGUUCUGCGAAAACGCGCAUCUGUCGGACCUCGGAGAUUGCUUGUGUACUCUCGGCAGAGAACAGGAUGCUACUACAGUCUGCGAAACGACGGUUGAAAAAGCUACAAACCUAUGGCAGUGCUUGUAACUGCAUUCCGGGAUGCACCUCAAUUCACUACGACACCGAGAUUACUCAGUCUAAAUGUGAUUUCAGAAAAACUCUCGAGCUGAGGUUUGCUCCGGUGGAUCCUACAAUCAGCGAGAACGUUAAGCAAUAUCAAAUCUCAAAGCUGGGCAUUUACUUCCGGGAGGUGCAGUAUAUAACGUCCAAACGCAGCGAACUGUUCGGCAUGAUAGACUUCAUUUCCAACUGUGGCGGCAUAUUGGGCCUCUGUCUGGGAGUUAGUUUGUUCAGCGUCGUAGAGCUGCUGUAUUACUGCUUGGUGCGUCCAUUGCCGCUGAUACGGAAAGCGCUGCGUGGUGGGCGAACUGUAACUAUAGUGAAUGAAAGCUCUGUCAAUCGAUUCUAA